AUAUAUAUUAAGCGUAUCUAAGUUCUCUCCAGUCUAGGUCUGCCUGCCUCCUGCUGCUUCCUUCCUUCGCUCUCUCACACGAACAGAGAUCUAGAUAUGGAGCGCUAGGCAUUGACAGGGGAGUUUAUUUUGACAUUAACGUACAAAACACAAGGACACCGGAGCCGAGUCAGCGCGUCACGCAGAUAAGAGCACAUUUGUCUACACACAACCCGGGGGGUGGAGCGCUGAGAGCGGAGCGGGCGAGUGGAUAGAUUCCAGGAAAACGGCAAGAAAACCUGGAUCUUAAACCAGGCAGGAACGAGCACAUAAAACUUAAUUGGAGCACUCGUGAGGCUUAAUGAGGCGUCACUGAUCUGGCAGCCGGGAAAGCAGGGUUGUGUGUACAUUCGAUUUAUGUGUAAAGAAUGGUUUGGACUUUGCUUCUUUCCGAUGUACAGAAUAAAUAAUCCAGGUUUGCAAAUACUAGCACAGCAACCGUGGACUCGAUGGGUGCCAUAUGAUUUAGAAAAUAGUUUUUCGAGUUGAAUUGCACGAAAAUAAUAAUUGUAAUAAUAGCUAUUGAAUUACUAGUGUGCGAGAACUCUUGUUUCAGUUAUUAAAAAACAAAGGAAAUGGAUUGUGGGUGUGCGUUACUGUAAUGUAAUUAUAGUACAAAUACUGUACCUUUUUAUCGGGAAGGGGGUCGUCAGGAAAUGUUCUUUAAUUGAAACAUUAUUGUAUGUUGGCGCUUUGUCAAUUUUUCAGAUCGCCGGUGCUGGCAAGGACGCUGAAAAUAAGCAUAGUCAAAAUAAUAAUAAUAAUAAUAAUAAUAAUAAUAAUAAUAAUAAUAAUAAUAAUAAUAAUAAUAAUUCAAUUAAAAAGCCUGGCACAAUGGUUUAGAAUCUCGUGGAACUUGCUUGACAGGGGUGCAGCGCUUAAUUGGUCUGUACUGAAGCUCUCUCGAGGGACCCCUUUUUCCUUUGUGCACUGGUACAUAGAGUCGCUCAGAGAGAAGACAGAGGCUGGUCAGAUUCUGCAGUUCUCCACAAAAGCCAGAGCGCCCACAAAGGAAAGACAGCAUGUUUACAUUAUUUUGACACAGAAAAACUCCGAAUGAAAAGGCAACCGCCGCUGCUGUGUUGGUACUGCAGCCAGCUUUAUUAAAUGACUUACUGGGCGCAGUUACAACAGAGUUUGCAAUUGUUUCACCGCUACAGUAAUAAUAAUAAUAAUAAUAAUAAUAAUAAUAGUUUUAAUACAUCCUUUUGUUUUAAAUCAUUUUCCUGGGGGCAUACGACAAAUCAAUGCUUUCGUAAAUAAAAUAAAAAGUUACACCUAUUACCGCUUACAAACCGUACCUCCUUUCGUUAGUAAAACAAGGGGAGGGUCGACAUUCUAAGCUGACAGAAACAACCGCCUAUUCCCUGCCGCGUGGAAGUGCACUGACGGGACGGGCUCUGCCGUGGAAGGAUGGGGGUCUCGCAGAGGAGCCGGACAGUGAUGACGGGCUGGGAUCUGAAGCUUCUUAUCCUCCUGGUUCUAGUCUGCAGUACUAGAACUGCAUCGACUGAAGAGGACAGAUUCAGCGCAGAGUCAUGGCUGCGGAUGUAUGGCUACCUCCCCCAGGCCAGCAAGCAGAUGUCCACCAUGCGGUCAGCGCAGAUCUUGUCCAAUGCCAUCGCAGACAUGCAGCGAUUUUAUGGGCUGUUGGUGACUGGAGAGAUGGACGACGAAACACAAACUUCAAUGAAGAGGCCCCGGUGUGGCGUCCCUGACAAGUUCGGAGGUCAAAUCAAAGCAAACGUUCGCAGGAAGCGCUUUGCUCUGACGGGACACAAGUGGAAUAAGAUCCUGCUGUCCUUUAGUAUCCAGAACUACACUCCCAAGAUCGGCGAGUAUGAGUCGUACCAGGCGAUCCGCAAGGCGUUCAAGGUGUGGGAGAGCGUGACGCCGCUGCGCUUCGAGGAGAUCCCCUACCACGAGGUCAAGUACGGCCGCCGCAAGGAGCCCGACAUCAUGAUCUUCUUCGCCUCGGGUUUCCACGGCGACAGCUCCCCCUUCGAUGGCGAGGGGGGCUUCCUGGCCCACGCCUACUUCCCCGGGCCCGGGAUGGGAGGCGACACCCACUUCGAUUCAGACGAACCCUGGACCAUCGGCAACACUGACCUCAGCGGCAAUGACUUGUUCCUGGUGGCUGUCCACGAAUUGGGUCAUGCCCUCGGGCUGGAGCAUUCCAACAACCCUUCUGCCAUCAUGGCCCCUUUCUACCAGUGGAUGGACACAGAGAACUUUGAACUGCCAGAGGACGACCGCAGAGGAGUCCAGCAGAUCUACGGGCCACCGGACAGUGACCCCAAACCCACUAAAACCCUGCCCACUGUCACCCCUCGUCGGCCCUCUAAACCUGAACCCAAACCGCCACAGCCGCCCAGAACCCCACCCGGAGGCAAACCAGACAAACCCAGGAACCCCGAUCUGGACAGGCCACGCACCACUGACAAGCCAGACCACUACGGACCCAAUAUAUGUGACGGGAAUUUUGACGUGGUCACAGUCCUGCGAGGGGAAAUGUUCGUCUUCAAGGGGAGCUGGUUCUGGAGGGUACGACACAACCGGGUGCUGGACAAUUACCCCAUGCCUGUCGGUCACUUCUGGAGGGGGCUUCCUGGGGACAUCGACGCAGCUUACGAGAGGCAUGAUGGGAAAUUCGUCUUUUUCAAAGGCAGUAAUUUCUGGCUGUUUCGGGAGGCCAACCUGGAACCAGGGUACCCCCAGGAGCUGGUGGAGUACGGACAGGGCAUCCCCUAUGACAAGAUAGAAACAGCCAUUUGGUGGGAACCCACGGGGUUCACUUACUUCUUCAAUGGAGACAGGUACUGGCGGUUCAGCGAGGAAUUGCGCGCCGUCGACAAGGAUUACCCGAAGCCGAUCAGCGUGUGGGGGGGCAUCCCUUCCUCUCCCAAGGGAGCCUUCCUGAGUGACGACGGAGCCUAUACCUAUUUCUACAAAGGCACCAAGUACUGGAAGUUCGAUAACCAGAGGAUGAAGAACGAGCCAGGCUAUCCCAAAUCCAUCCUGCGGGAUUUCAUGGGCUGCCAUGAGGACCCGGACCGGGAUAAGGACGUGGGCCGUAAGUGGCCCGAUGUGGACCGCACACCGUUUAACCCUGAUGCUGGCACAGAUGGCAACGACGGCACAAAUGACGUUGAUUACAAAGAUGAGGACAAAACCGACAACGACGUGGACAUUGUGCUCAAAAUCGACGAAUACACGCGUACCAUGAACAUCGUCAUGGUGAUUGUGCCUUUAAUCUUGGUGCUGUGCAUUUUGGGAUUGAUUUACAUCAUCAUCCAGAUGCAGAGGAAAGGGGCGCCCCGUCUUCUGGUCCACUGCAAACGGUCUCUGCAGGAGUGGGUUUGACCUUUCACCUUUGACACUUUCCCCUACCCUCCCUGCCCCUCCUGACCCAACACGCCCUUCCCAUGGUGCUACCAAAUCUGUAGACUGAUAUAAAAAAGUUUGCACAUAGAGUUUUGAACAAGGAUAUUUUUUUUGGAAUUAUUUUUCCUUUUAUUUCUAUAUGAUCUGCAGUAUGCCUUCGCUUUGUGCAACACUGUCGUCUUGGAACCGAGAAUGGAGAGACUCGCCCUUUUAACAGAUUGGAUUUGAUUGCAUUUAAAUAAAGUUCAGAGCAAGCAUUAUGCGUUGAUAAAUUUGCGCACCAGACACAUGCAGUACGUGCUUUUCAGAUGAUGUUACACCCAAUGCCUUUUUACUUCGGAGCAGCUGGACACAAGAAAGAAUAUGCAUUGUCUGAACCAGAAAAAUCUGGAAUUGGAAGCAACUCCUUACUGUUAAAGACUGAUGUACCAGUCGGCAACUACAUUUCACCCGAGGGUUAGGGGGAUAAAUGGAGGGGGGGCAAUUGACUACAGCAUUGGUUCUUCUUGUGUGGAGUCCUAAAAAUGUAAGUGAGAGAUAGCUUCCAAAAUUAGAAACCAGCCCUCACCCAAGCCAAAUAUAAGUUAGAUUUUGAAGAAAACCACCACGGAUGCCAUCCCCGGACAAGGACUCAACUGUCUAGUGUCUGUUCUGAUUCCUUUUCAGUUAUUUCUCAACUGCUUUUUUAUGUGGUGUUGAUGAUAUCAUUUUUUCCUAUCAAAUGUUUUAAAGGCAAGCUGAUUCCGAGGUUGUGAGGUGCCAUAGAAAAAAAAAAAAAAACCUUAUCUGAUGAGUGUGUGGAAUGGCUGACAGUAUUGACCAGGCCUGAUGCCUGGGCCCCACUGACGCAACCGUAGAUAAUGAUUUCUACAGACUGCAGAAGACUGCUUCUACAGACUGCCAGGCAGGGCUAUUACUUAAUUAAUCUGUAUGCGCUGAAGGGCAAAGGGAGCAAAGAACAAAAAAGGGAAAAGGCUUUAACCUUGUGGGGUCCUGGUAUUGAGCCAGAGGUAUUGCAUUUUCUAACUCUUUCAUCUUUCUCAGUUUUCUCAUCUUUGAACUCGCUGACUAUAGAAUUCCGGUAUAUACUUCUGAGAGGUGUGGUCGUCUACACCGCUGAUAGUUGUCUGUAUUGUAAGAUCCUUGUCCUGAGCUCUGAAUUGAAUUCGCUGGCUCGGGUAUUCCGGUUGGCUGUUCUGCAGGCUGCAGGACACACUGGUACUGUACAGUGCUCUCUUUGUUUUAUCCAGCGGAAGCAGGAUUCCAGUGCAUUAUCGUCUUAAUUAAGUUUACUGGCUCGUCAGAUCUUUGCAUGGUUUCUCAGUCAUGGAUCAAAGCUCACAGCUUCACAGUGCCGUGAUCUUGGAGAGCUGUUUUUUUGAGGUCCAAUUCGGCUGCACUCUAGAGAAUGGAGUGUUUUAGUUCUGCUGAAUGCAGGCAGAUAAAAAAGAAGCCCUGUAUCUUCUACGUAGGCUGAUAAAUCAGUAGACCGGAUACUGAGUAAAAGAUUGGUUGUGGUUUACAGAGACCGAACAAUAAAUUAUUUAGAAGUGCAGCUUUUUAGAAGUCCAUUUGAUGUAUCCAAUAAUAUAAUUGCUUUUCAGCCAAACUGUAAAGGUUUAAGUGGGGAAAGUGAUAAACGCUUUUAUAAAUAUUGACCAAGAAGAAGGAUAGCAGGCCGGUACUUAUGAUGGAUUUGUUCGAUCCAGUUGCUUGGCAACGGGCUCCCAUCUCCUCUCCUUACUAGUCCCAGAGAGGGCUGAAAUCGGGCUCAUUAGAGUUAAAAGCCCUACCGCUGUCUGACAGCUAGAUGAAUGAUCUCAGCGUCUAUAGGAGAGGCAGAAGAAUAUUGUGUCAAGAAUGGUCUUGGGAGGCUCCAGUUUGUCUGUCUCUGUGUGACUGAGUACAGUAUAUGUGAAAAUGUGUGUAUCUGCUUGUAUUUAUGUCUAUGCUAUUCAAUCUCUUUUAUCAAAUUCUUCAUACAUUCUACAGUCUGUUCUAAACAGACAGAUGAUAAGGAGAGUAAAUCAUUACACUCACAUUUCAAGUAUUUUAGUUGUAGCUGCUGUUGCUGUUGUUUUUAUUAUUAUCUGUGAACACAAUUAAACACGACAGCUGGGGACAAUAAUGCCACUAGCACUGCCAAUCAUAGGAUUUCACUUUCAUACAUUUUGUGCAUGUGAGUUUGUCAGUGCCUGAGCGUGUGUGUGUGUGUGUGUGUGUGUGUGUAUGCAUGCCUGUAUACAAAGGAAAUCAGACCUACAGUACACAGUAGGUGUAGCCUUUUUGAGUAUUCUAUGCCAGUAGCCCUGAUUCUGAGCUGGUUUCCCUCCCAGUUCCUCCCUGCUCCCGUGGAUACACAAAGCCUCUGCUCCUGAGGGACACCUACAGUAACUCUCAUACAAUACGUUUUGUCCAUUUUAUUGCUGUAGUGCAGGAAGAGAAGCAGGGAAUUUUCCCAAGGGCUGGGCAGCCCAGUCACUCGCAGGGAGAGGGGUCCCACCCAGAAAGCGCUCCUUCUUAGCCAGCCUUUGCUGGCUGACAAAGCUGAGGGGAGAGCUGUGUACACAGUGCUCCUGUAGCAUCCAAACUGAAGAGGGUACGUCGCCUAAAGAGAGAAAACUCAAAGUGCUGGAUAUUAAACAGAUCCAAAAAUGUUAGGCAGGAUUUAUUUUUAUUCCUUAACAAGUUUACACUGGAACAUCUAAUAAGCCUGGACAGGUGCUGAUAGUUGUGACGAUCAGCUUGUCUAUUCUCAUCUGCAGUGUAGUCCCUAGCUGUGCCAAGCCCCUCAGAUGCCCUUUGCUUGUGCCUAUCUUGUGUUUGCCCCUGAGCCUGGUUUUGGAUACUAGUUAUUGCAGGCAUUCUGGAAUUUCACACUUGCACAUCGUUGUCCGAUUGAGUCUAUCAGCUUGCAGCUGCCCCAGAAGCCUUUAUCAAACAGUUCCUCAUCUACCCCCAGGUUUGCUUCUUAUAUCAAGGACAUUAUAGUCGAGGUGACCUCUAGAAAUACACUGUAAAUCAUAUUUAGUGAUCAAUCAUCUAGUGAAAAGCAGAGGAUAUGUAUGUUGUUUUACCAAUUUUUGCCAGUUGAUUUUUCUCAGUGCGUGAGUACGACACUCAGCGCUUACAUUACAGCAAAUUAAGGAAUGUAUGGGGACCUGGCAGGGUUUUUUCUCUGGGAUUUAUAUAAGAAUUAAAUUGAAUAUUUUCUCCCAGCGUGGUGUCGGCGAGGGUUAAUGAAGCUAACCUGUAGAACAGCUGUCCUUGACAAAAGUGUCCUGUUGAUGAAACACUUUGCAGAGCCCCUCGGUGUAAAUCCCUGCUGUCUGUCCAGAACAACCGAACAGCAAAGAAACGUGCUCUCUGUAGAGCCGACAGAAGCCACGCUACCACUUCGAUUCCUGUGCUGUGUGUUUAAGUCCUCAUUCAGGGAGGUAAUUAACAAACGACUGGCCUGCUAAUAGAACUGUGGAACAUGCAUCACUACUCAGAGCCUAAACCUAAACGCUAUUGAAAAAAAAAAAACAUACGAUUUAUAAAUAACUUCCUUCAAACCAAGGAAUCUAUAGAUGGAUAGGCUUAAGAAUAUUGUUUUUGGUUUUAUUGUUCAGUGUCAAGUGUAAAUAUGUGUUUAAGAAGCGAACACUAUGGUAUUUGUUCCACUUUUUUUUUUUUUUUUGGUCAAUAACAUUCCGUUUCUGCCUUAGUUCCAGACACAGGUGAUUUUAUACAUGUGUUUUGUGUGUUCACUUCCUGUUGUGUGUUUAAUGGUCCAUGCUGGACAUGUGUAACUAUUACACAAUAAAUGCUAUAAAAACAAAA